CCGUAAGACAAGCCUACACCGUGCAUUAUAGCGUACCAAACAACUUUAGUUGAGUACAAGUCCGUGAGUCGAGAUAGGUCGGUACUUUUAUUAGAAGGUCGCGCACUACUUGAGUAAACAUACGGUCUCAAUUUUCGCCAUGAGUUCAUACGCAAUGCACGGCAGCCCAGUGGUGUACCAGCCUGGUCAGGUCAGUACCCUGGUCAUUCAACAGCCUGGUGCUGCAGGCAAGCCUCUCAGAGACUGGAACUCUGGUCUCUGCAACUGUUUUUCUGACUGUGGUAUCUGUCUUUGUGGCACGUUCUGUGGCUUCUGUCUACUGAUGAGGAAUGCCAAGAAAAUGAACGAGAACUGCUGCAUACCCUGCUAUGUGCCCUACGCAUUAACCGCGAUGAGAGUCAAACUAAGGACAGAGGAAAAUAUUAUUGGUUCUAUUGACUGCGACUGCUGCACGGAAUGUUGUUGCGGGCCGUGUGGUAAUUGUCAGAUGGCCAGGGAGUUGAAGUACCUCCGUCGCUAGGAGUCACGACACGAAGUAGCAAGCUUCUGCCAACUCUGGGCCAAGUGACAAAAAUACGUGACUCAGUAUUUUACAGUUUUUAAUGUUAAUAUCUAAAGACUAACCUUUUCCUUGCUAUGAUCUCAAAGAAAAUACCCGUACGAUAAAAAAAAAUACCAUUUUAUUGAAUGCCCAAAAUGUUUCAG